CCCGCGAGAUCCCACCGCUUCAUUACCGAGGUGCGGGUGUUCUGCGCGUUCCCCUUACUCCGCAUCUCGAAGGAAGUUGUGCGGCUGGGUCCGAACUGAUUUUACUUCUUGUGGGAUUUAAGAGACGGCCCCAUUCCUAGCAAGAGCCCAUUCAGAUAGCGUGAGCGCCAGGACACGGUGGGUGUGAGAGGGACGCAGCACCGCCAUUCGGACGACCCCCGGGCCUCACAUUCGUACAGGCUGCGGGAGAGUCCCGGUCGUAGGCCUGGCCUCCUAGGAGUCCUUUAGUUUGCAGAGGACUUUCAUGUCCUCUCUUUCACGGGCCGUGCGGACGACCAGCAGAGACCUCGGCCGGGAGUCCACGGCGCCCCUACUCCACUUCGGGCUGGGCGCCAGGGCCAGAGGGGCCUGGUCGACAGUGAGCGGCUUGGGAAGGCGAGAGCGGCAGCCACCUAGACGAGGACGACACUCAAUGACGCGCCCCUCGUGGCGUCCCAGUAGCUCGCCGUGAUCGUAUAGUGUUGGGUGUUAUCAACUGUACCUGCAUUUAAAAGAAACUUGGAUCUGCUGGAAAAGUGAGAUGAGUGCUGUAGGCUGCAUUUAGAAGAUGAACAUGGAUUUUUCACACCUUCUAGAGGAAAAAGAAAGAGGGAAGAGGAAGGGCAAGAGAAGACAGAUGUGAUCACUGGCAUCAUUUCACCUGGACUGAAUGCUAGGCUCUGUGCCUUUAACUAUACCUGGGCUUGACCCCAGAACUGGCAAUUUUCUAAGGAGAACAGGAGAUGGAGAAAACAAAUGGGAGAGAGGGCAUUGCUCUGUCCACAGUGGAGACUGGCAUAGAGAACCCAGGGCUGGAGCUUAUGGAAGAAGGAAUAAAUCCUGAGGGAACCAGGAAGACUGAAGAGCAAGGACACAGCCUUGGGGAUGGAUUGGAACCUCCCACUCAACAGAGAUACAGGAGGAACCUACAGCCUUUCACCAGGGCAAGAAGUUUCUGUAAGACACAUGCUGGCUUGUUCAAGAAGAUCCUGCUGAGCCUGUUGUGUUUGGCUUAUGCUGCCUACUUCCUGGCAGCUUGCAUCUUGAAUUUCCAUAGGGCACUGGCCUUGUUCGUCCUCACCUGUUUGGUGCUUUUAGUCCUGGUUCACCGCUUUCUGAAAAGGUUCUUUGGUGAAAAGUUAACGAGAUGUCUGAAGCCCCUUGAAAACUCCUGCCUGAAGCUUUGGAUGAAAGGUGUGUUCGUGGGAGUCUUCUUGGUUGGCCUUAUCCUGUGGCUGGUUCUAGACACAGCCCAAAGGCCAGAGCAGCUGAUCUCCUUCACAGGAAUCUGCAUGUUCACCCUCAUCCUCUUUGCCUGCUCCAGACACCACAGUGCAGUGUCCUGGAGGACAGUGCUUUGGGGCCUAGGUCUUCAGUUUGUCUUUGGGAUCUUGGUCAUCAGAACUGAUCCUGGAUUUAAUGCAUUUCAAUGGCUGGGAAACCAGAUUCAGAUUUUCCUCAACUAUACUGUGGCUGGCUCCAGUUUUGUUUUUGGGGAUAUGCUGGUCAAGGAUAUCUUCGCUUUUCAGGCCUUACCGAUCAUCCUUUUCUUUGGAUGUGUGAUGUCCAUUCUUUACUACCUGGGCUUUGUGCAGUGGGUAGUUCAGAAGAUUGCCUGGUUUUUGCAAAUCACCAUGGGCACCACUGCCACAGAGACCCUGGCUGUGGCAGGAAACAUCUUUGUGGGUAUGACAGAGGCACCUCUGCUCAUCCGUCCAUACCUUGCAGACAUGACGCUUUCAGAAGUCCAUGCAGUGAUGACUGGAGGGUUUGCCACCAUCUCAGGCACUGUCUUGGGAGCCUUCAUAUCCUUUGGGAUUGACGCGUCAUCCUUGAUUUCUGCCUCUGUGAUGGCUGCCCCUUCUGCUCUUGCUUUGUCAAAGCUGGUAUAUCCAGAAGUGGAGGAGUCCAAGUUCAAGAAUAAGGAGGGGGUAAAAUUGCCCCGUGGGAAGGAGAAGAGUGUUCUGGAAGCUGCCAGCAAUGGAGCCACAGAUGCCAUAGGCCUUGCUGCUAACAUAGCAGCCAACCUGAUUGCCUUUUUGGCCGUGUUGGCCUUCAUCAACGCUGCCCUCUCCUGGCUAGGGGAACUGGUAGACAUACAGGGGCUCACUUUUCAGGUCAUCUGCUCCUAUAUCCUAAGGCCCAUGGUUUUCAUGAUGGGUGUCGAGUGGGCAGACUGUCCGAUGGUGGCUGAGAUGGUGGGGAUCAAGUUCUUCACGAAUGAGUUUGUGGCCUAUCAGCAACUGUCUCAGUACAAAAACAAACGUCUCUCUGGAGUGGAAGAGUGGAUUGGAGGCGAGAAACAGUGGAUUUCUGUGAGAGCUGAAAUCAUUACAACAUUUUCACUCUGUGGAUUUGCCAAUCUUAGUUCCAUAGGAAUCACACUGGGAGGCUUGACAUCAAUGGUACCCCACCGGAAGAGUGACUUGUCCAAGGUUGUGGUCAGUGCCCUCUUCACAGGGGCCUGUGUAUCCCUUAUCAGCGCCUGUAUGGCAGGAAUCCUCUAUGUCCCCAGGGGAGCUGAAACUGACUGUCUCUCCUUCCUAAACACAAGUUUCACCAAUCGAACCUAUGAGACCUAUGUGUGCUGCAGAGAGCUCUUUCGGAGUACCUCUCUGAAUGGAACCAACCCUCCUUCUUUUCCUGGUCCCUGGGAAGAUAAAGAGUUCAGUGCCAUAGCCCUUGCUAAAUGCUGUGACCUCUACACCAAUGCUGUCUGUGCCUAAAGCUGGUCCAUUUCCGUAACAGUCCUGAUCUGGAUGGCUUUUUGAUGGCAAAGUUAUUUUCGUACUCAGAGUUCUCAUUCUACAGCUAACUCACCUUGAUCUUUAAUAGUAAAUGUAAAAUAUUCAUUUUGGUUCACUGUAUAUCAGUAAUGAAAAUUAGCCCUCGUUUUUCCAUUAUUUGGCUGAACCAAAUAAAUUCCUUAUGGGCUCUGUCUGAGCUUAGAGUUGAAAUAAUAAAUAUUACCAUGUCAAAAAAUGUCUUGCAAACCUUGCUUCUAGUUGCCAUCUUAAAAAUUAUGUGAUGUGUGCCAGAACUCUUCUAUAUAUGUUCUGGUAAAACAAAUAUGGGAGGCAGGCACAGUCUGCCUUGGAGUUUGAUGAGUAUCAUUCCUCUCUGCCCCUUACUGAAAGAAGACGUAUGCAGGCAAGUUAUUCAAAAUCUUGUACCAGUUUUCUUAUCGUAAACUGGGAAGAAUGAUGUUUGCCCUGUUCACUUCAAGAUUAUAAUAAUCAAAGCGGUGUGUGGAAGUUCUUGGAAGAUGUAAAGUGUGUUUCAUGACUCUGUCCUAAAGAUGCUACCAGAAAACUACUAGAGCUAAUCAAUGAAUUUGGUAAAGUAGCAGGAUACAAAAUUAAUGCACAGAAUUCUCUUGCAUUCCUAUACACUAAUGAUGAAAAAUCUGAAAGUGAAAUUAAGAAAACACUCCCAUUUACCAUUGCAACAAAAAGAAUAAAAUAUCUAGGAAUAAAUCUACGGAGACAAAAGACCUGUAUGCAGAAAAUCAUAAGACACUGAUGAAAGAAAUUAAAGAUGAUACAAAUAGAUGGAGAGAUAUACCAUGUUCCUGGAUUGGAAGAAUCAACAUUGUGAAAAUGACUCUACUACCCAAAGCAAUCUACAGAUUCAAUGCAAUCCCUAUCAAACUACCACUGGCAUUUUUCACAGAACUAGAACAAAAAAUUUCACAAUUUGUAUGGAAACACAAAAGACCCCAAAUAGCCAAAGCAAUCUUGAGAAAGAAAAACGGAGCUGGAGGAAUCAGGCUCCCUGACUUCAGACUAUACUACAAAGCUACAGUAAUCAAGACAGUAUGGUACUAGCACAGAAACAGAAAUAUAGAUCAAUGGAACAGGAUAGAAAGCCCAGAGAUAAACCCACGCACAUAUGGUCACCUUAUCUUUGAUAAAGGAGGCAAGAAUAUACAGUGGAGAAAAGACAGCCUCUUCAAUAAGUGGUGCUGGGAAAACUGGAAAGCUACAUGUAAAAGAAUGAAAUUAGAACACUCCAUAACACCAUACACAAAAAUAAACUCAAAAUGGAUUAAAGAUCUAAAUGUAAGGCCAGACACCAUCAAACUCUUAGAGGAAAACAUAGGCAGAACACUCUAUGACAUAAAUCACAGCAAGAUGCUUUUUGACCCACCUCCUAGAGAAAUGGAAAUAAAAACAAAAAUAAACAAAUGGGACCUAAUGAAACUUCAAAGCUUUUGCACAGCAAAGGAAACCAUAAACAAGACGAAAAGACAACCCUCAGAAUGGGAGAAAAUAUUUGCAAAUGAAGCAACUGACAAAGAAUCUCCAAAAUUUAUAAGCAGCUCAUGCAGCUCAAUAUGAAAAAAACAAACAACCCAAUCCAAAAAUGGGCAGAAGACCUAAAUAGACAUUUCUCCAAAGAAGAUAUACAGAUUGCCAACAGACACAUGAAAGAAUGCUCAACAUCAUUAAUCAUUAGAGAAAUGCAAAUCAAAACUACAAUGAGAUAUCAUCGCAUACCAGUCAGAAUGGCCAUCAUCAAAAAAUCUACAAACAAUAAAUGCUGGAGAGGGUGUGGAGAAGAGGGAACCUUCUUGCACUGUUGGUGGGAAUGUAAAUUGAUACAGCCACUAUGGAGAACAGUAUGGACGUUCCUUAAAAAACUACAAAUAGAACUACCAUACGACCCAGCAAUCCCACUACUGGGCAUAUACCCUGAGAAAACCAUAAUUCAAAAAGAGUCAUGUGCCAAAGUGUUCAUUGCAGCUCUAUUUACAAUAGCCAGGACAUGGAAGCAACGUAAGUGUCCAUCAACAGAUGAAUGGAUAAAGAAGAUGUGGCACAUAUAUACAAUGGAAUAUUACUCAGCCAUAAAAAGGAACGAAACUGAGUUAUUUGUAGUGAGGUGGAUGGACCUAGGGACUGUCAUACAGAGUGAAGUAAGUCAGAAAGAGAAAAACAAAUACCGUAUGCUAACACAUAUAUAUGGAAUCUAAAAAAAAAAAAAAGGUCAUGAAGAACCUAGGGGCAAGACGGGAAUAAAGAUGCAGACCUACUAGAGAAUGGACUUGAGGAUACGGGGAGGGGGAAGGGUAAGCUGGGACAAAGUGAGAGAGUGGCAUGGACAUAUAUACACUACCAAACGUAAAAUAGAUAGCUAGUGGGAAGCAGCCGCACAGCACAGGGAGAUCAGCUCGGUGCUU